AUGUACGAUACUCGUUUUGGUCAAAAUUGGGCUCCAACUGGGAAUGCUGCAAGACGUAUUGAAGUUUAUUCGAAAAGUGGAACAAUUUUAGCUGGACUAUUUCUAAUUGGUUUAAUUCUUGUAAUUGUAAUUGUUCUAUCUCUAAUACCACUUUAUCUAAGAGGAAAAACAACUUCACAAGGAAGUUUUAUUCAAAUAGCAAACGUUGAUGUGUUCGGUUAUGUUUUAACAUUUAUUCAUAAUCCAAUAAAUUUAAAUAUUACUUUGCUAGCUAACAAUACUUUCGCUUUAGAAGCAGCGCUUACAUCCAUGAUGCAAACGGAUUCAUAUUUGGCUGGUUCCGUUGUAACAUUAAACAGUUCUUUAGUCAAUUCAGAAAAUUCUAGACGACGAAGAAGAUUCAUAAAAAUUUACUCCGAAACUGACUUUGUCCCCCGCCCUGCCUCCGAGGUAUCGGGGCGCCCCUGCUCCUAUGAUACCGUAUCUCAAAAUACUCAUCUAGUCAGUGAUUUACACAUAAUGAUGGGUGGUAAAUCGUGUGCAACAAGCACAUGUGCUCAAAUAUUUCAUGAUCGUGUUGUCAAAACUUUUACUAGUAUAUUAAAUAAAACAACACCAUUUGUACACUAUGAAGAAAAUUCUGAAAUAUUCCAUUUUCUUUAUAUACUUCCUUCAACUUGUAAUUCAAAUGUCAGUAUUAUUUAUGCUGAUGGAAGUGUUAUUUCAAGCUUAUUAGCUAGGCUAUUGGCAUUUCAACAAAGUCAUAGUGUUUAUUCAGUAUCAACUUCAUCUACAGUUUUAAGAACUUCGGUAAUCGCUUGA